AUGUGCGACAAUUUCCGUCCUUGCCAGCCCUUACAUGGAAGAACUUUGUACUACGUCCAGCCUUUAGAUCCUUCGUUUCCCAAUUUCACUGAAACUUUCAAUCCGCAUAUGACCGAUGAUGAAGAUCUUGGAUUUGAAAGACAUCUGAGUAUUUUUGCACCAGAAAAACAAAAUCCUUCGGAAGAACAUGCUGUUGCAGCUGCUCACAAUGAAGCAGCUCCUCUUUUACCAGAUGCAAGUUGUGCUGAUAACGUGAAAGUCGAAAGGAAGGAAGUCCAGAUUGCUGAUCCGGUUGUUGUGCAGAUGCAGGAUCACAUCGAAGACAACUAUAGCAACUGGUACACAGACAACAGUCGGUCAACUCACUCACACAGAAAAGCAGCCAGUCAACUCACACACACAGAAAAGCAGCCAGUCAACUCACUCACACAGAAAAGCAGCCAGUCAACUCUCACGGAACAACAGUCAGUCAAUUCAAACAGAAAACAAACAGCCAGUCAAUCCAUACAAAAAACGGUCAACUCACACAGAAAAACAGUCAGUCAACUCACUCACACAGAAAAACAGUCGGUCAACUCACUCACACAGAAAAACAGUCGGUCAACUCACUCACACAGAAAAACAGUCAUACAACUAACUCACACAGAAAAUAAACAGUCAACCCAUACAGAAAACAAACAGUCAACCCAUACAGAAAACAAACAGUCAACCCAUACAGAAAACAAACAGUCAACUCGAACAGAAAACAGUCAGUCAACUCGAACAGAAAACAGUCAGUCAACUCAUACAGAAAACAGUCAGUCAACUCAAACAUUAAACAGUCAGUCAACUCAAACAUUAAACAGUCAGUCAACUCAAACAUUAAACAGUCAGUCAACUCAAACAUUAAACAGUCAGUCAACUCAUACAGAAAACACACAGUCAACUCAUACAGAAAACACACAGUCAACUCAUACAGAAAACACACAGUCAACUCAUACAGAAAACACACAGUCAACUCAUACAGAAAACACACAGUCAACUCACACAGAAAAACAGUCAGUCAACACACCCAAAAAACGAACAGAAAACAAACAGUCAACUCGAACAGAAAACAGUCAGUCAACUCAUACAGAAAACAGUCAGUCGACUCAUACAGAAAACAGUCAGUCGACUCAGACAGAAAACAGUCAGUCGACUCAGACAGAAAACAGUCAGUCGACUCAGACAGAAAACAGUCAGUCGACUCAUACAGAAAACAGUCAGUCAACUCACUCACACAGAAAACAGCCAGUCAACCUCACACAGAAAACAGCCAGUCAACUCACUCACACAGAAAACCAGCCAGUCAACUCACUCACACAGAAAAACAGCCAGUCCACUCACUCACCCAGAAAAACAGCCAGUCAACACACUCACCCAGAAAAACAGCCAGUCAACUCACUCACACAGAAAAACAGCCAGUCAACUCACUCACACAGAAAAACAGCCAGUCAACUCAUACAGAAAAACAGCCAGUCAACCCACACAGAAAACAGCCAGUCAACCACUCACACAGAAAAACAGCCAGUCAACCCACUCACACAGAAAAACAGCCAGUCAACCCACUCACACAGAAAAACAGCCAGUCAACCCACUCACACAGAAAAACAGCCAGUCAACCCACUCACACAGAAAAACAGCCAGUCAACCCACUCACACAGAAAAACAGCCAGUCAACUCAUACAGAAAAACAGCCAGUCAACUCAUACAGAAAAACAGCCAGUCAACUCAUACAGAAAAACAGCCAGUCAACUCACUCACACAGAAAAACAGCCAGUCAACUCACUCACACAGAAAAACAGCCAGUCAACUCACUCACACAGAAAAACAGCCAGCCAACUCACUCACACAGAAAAACAGCCAGUCAACUCACUCACACAGAAAAACAGCCAGUCAACUCACUCACACAGAAAAACAGCCAGUCAACUCACUCACACAGAAAAACAGCCAGUCAACUCACUCACACAGAAAAACAGCCAGUCAACUCACUCACACAGAAAAACAGCCAGUCAACUCACUCACACAGAAAAACAGCCAGUCAACUCACUCACACAGAAAAACAGCCAGUCAACUCACUCACACAGAAAAACAGCCAGUCAACUCACUCACACAGAAAAACAGCCAGUCAACUCACUCACACAGAAAAAACAGCCAGUCAACUCACUCACACAGAAAAACAGCCAGUCAACUCACUCACACAGAAAAAACAGCCAGUCAACUCACUCACACAGAAAAACAGCCAGUCAACUCACUCACACAGAAAAACAGCCAGUCAACUCACUCACACAGAAAAACAGCCAGUCAACUCACUCACACAGAAAAACAGCCAGUCAACUCACUCACACAGAAAAACAGCCAGUCAACUCACUCACACAGAAAAACAGCCAGUCAACUCACUCACACAGAAAAACAGCCAGUCAACUCACUCACACAGAAAAACAGCCAGUCAACUCACUCACACAGAAAAACAGCCAGUCAACUCACUCACACAGAAAAACAGCCAGUCAACUCACUCACACAGAAAACAGCCAGUCAACUCACUCACACAGAAAAACAGCCAGUCAACUCACUCACACAGAAAAACAGCCAGUCAACUCACUCACACAGAAAAACAGCCAGUCAACUCACUCACACAGAAAAACAGCCAGUCAACUCACUCACACAGAAAAACAGCCAGUCAACUCACUCACACAGAAAAACAGCCAGUCAACUCACUCACACAGAAAAACAGCCAGUCAACUCACUCACACAGAAAAACAGCCAGUCAACUCACUCACACAGAAAAACAGCCAGUCAACUCACUCACACAGAAAAACAGCCAGUCAACUCACUCACACAGAAAAACAGCCAGUCAACUCACUCACACAGAAAAACAGCCAGUCAACUCACUCACACAGAAAAACAGCCAGUCAACUCACUCACACAGAAAAACAGCCAGUCAACUCACUCACACAGAAAAACAGCCAGUCAACUCACUCACACAGAAAAACAGCCAGUCAACUCACUCACACAGAAAAACAGCCAGUCAACUCACUCACACAGAAAAACAGCCAGUCAACUCACUCACACAGAAAAACAGCCAGUCAACUCACUCACACAGAAAAAACAGCCAGUCAACUCACUCACACAGAAAAACAGCCAGUCAACUCACUCACACAGAAAAACAGCCAGUCAACUCACUCACACAGAAAAAACAGCCAGUCAACUCACUCACACAGAAAAACAGCCAGUCAACUCACUCACACAGAAAAACAGCCAGUCAACUCACUCACACAGAAAAACAGCCAGUCAACUCACUCACACAGAAAAACAGCCAGUCAACUCACUCACACAGAAAAACAGCCAGUCAACUCACUCACACAGAAAAACAGCCAGUCAACUCACUCACACAGAAAAACAGCCAGUCAACUCACUCACACAAAAAAAACAGCCAGUCAACUCACUCACACAGAAAAACAGCCAGUCAACUCACUCACACAGAAAAACAGCCAGUCAACUCACUCACACAGAAAAACAGCCAGUCAACUCACUCACACAGCAAACAGCCAGUCAACUCAGACAGAAAACAGUCAGUCAACUCAGACAGAAAACAGUCAGUCAACUCAGACAGUAAACAGUCAGUCAACUCAGACAGUAAACAGUCAGUCAACUCAGACAGUAAACAGUCAGUCAACUCAGACAGAAAACAGUCAGUCAACUCAGACAGAAAACAGUCAGUCAACUCAGACAGUAAACAGUCAGUCAACUCAGACAGUAAACAGUCAGUCAACUCAGACAGUAAACAGUCAGUCAACUCAGACAGAAAACAGUCAGUCAACUCAGACAGAAAACAGUCAGUCAACUCAGACAGAAAACAGUCAGUCAACUCAGACAGAAAACAGUCAGUCAACUCAGACAGAAAACAGUCAGUCAACUCAUACAGAAAACAGCCAGUCAACUCAUACAGAAAACAGCCAGUCAACUCAUACAGAAAACAGCCAGUCAACUCAUACAGAAAACAGUCAGUCAACUCAUACAGAAAAACAGUCAGUCAACUCAGACAGGAAAACAGUCAGUCAACUCAGACAGAAAACAAACAGUCAACUCAUACAGAAAACAAACAGUCAACUCAUACAGAAAACAAACAGUCAACUCAUACAGAACACAGUCAGUCGAACUCAUACAGAAAACAGCCAGUCAACUCACUCACACAGAAAAACAGCCAGUCAACUCACUCACACAGAAAAACAGCCAGUCAACUCAUACAGAAAACAAACAGUCAGGCAACUCAAACAGAAAACAAACAGUCAGCUCAUACAGAAAACAAACAGUCAACCCAUACAGAAAACAAACAGUCAACCCAUACAGAAAACAAACAGUCAACUCAUACAGAAAACAGUCAGUCAACUCAUACAGAAAACAAAAACAAACAGUCAACUCAUACAGAAAACAAACAGUCAACUCAUACAGAAAACAGCCAGUCAACUCAGACAGAAAACAGCCAGUCAACUCAGACAGAAAACAGCCAGUCAACUCAGACAGAAAACAGCCAGUCAACUCAGACAGAAAACAGCCAGUCAACUCAGACAGAAAAACAGUCGGUCGACUCAGACAGAAAAACAGUCGGUCAACUCAGACAGAAAAACAGUCGGUCAACUCAUACAAAAAAACAGACAACAGUCAGUCAACUCACACAGAAAAACUGUCAGUCAACUCACACAGAAAAACAGUCAGUCAACAGUUGGUCAACUCACACAGAAAAUAGGUCUCAAAAACCUGCACAUCAGUCCAGCCCAAUCAGCUAGCCAAUUGGCCGAAGCUGCUCUGGCUCACAUAAUGGAACCAGCUCCUAAAACUCCCAGCGAUAAAAAAACACCUACACCACCUACUGAAACCACAUCUCCAAAACCAACGACUGUCAAAACUAAGGAUAUUAGUCUGCAACAUUCAUAUUCGUAUGAUGACAAUGAUCCAUAUGGUCCCAGCAAGUGGAUAAAUUUUGCGACCGAAAGCGGUGGUAUCAGACAAUCGCCUGUGGCGAUAGAUCCUAAGGAUUGUGCUAAAAUUGCACCAGAUCAACCUUUGCUUUGGCAGCAUUAUUCUAGGCUUCCAGCAACAUUAUCCAUACAGAACGAUGGCCACUAUGUUCGUCUCACUGGCGAGUGGUUCGAAUCGAUGCGCCCAACUCUAGUCGGAGGUCCUUUGGGAGCCAACAACAACUACGUUUUCGAACACCUGACCUUCCAUUGGGGUUCCACUAAUCAGAGAGGUUCUGAACACUCUGUAGGAGGUACCCAGUACCCGAUGGAAGUACAUGUUUUGCAUUACAAACAAGAUUACGGAUCCUUUGAGAAGGCUCUGAGGUACUCGGAUGGAUUGGUCAUUGUUGGAUACUUGUACGAAAUGAAGGAUAAUGUAGAGUCCGGCCUGUCCUUGAUUGUGGAUAAGUUCCAAGCAAUAGAGACUCCAGGUCCAGAGGUACGAGUGCCUCCGAUGCCUUUGACAACGUUGCUUCCAACUUUUACAGAUAACUAUGUGACUUAUCCAGGAUCUUUAACUGUGCCCCCAUGCAGUGAAUCUGUAACUUGGAUUUUGGAUUUGGAUCCGUUGCCUAUCACUGCUCAACAGACAAACUGCUGCAGGAUUCCAGACAAACUACUGCAGGAUUUCAGACAAACUACUGCUAGAUUCCUGGCAAACGGGAUUCCUGACAAACCAAACGAGAUUCCUGAGAAACCAAACGGGAUUCCUGAGAAACCAAACGGGAUUCCUGACAAAUCAAACGGGAUUCCUGACAAACCAAACGGGAUUCCUGACAAACCAAACGGGAUUCCUGACAAACCAAACGGGAUUCCUGACAAACCAAACGGGAUUCCUGACAAACCAAACGGGAUUCCUGACAAACCAAACGGGAUUCCUGACAAACCAAACGGGAUUCCUGACAAACCAAACGGGAUUCCUGACAAACCAAACGGGAUUCCUGACAAACCAAACGGGAUUCCUUACAAACCAAACGGGAUUCCUGACAAACCAAACGGGAUUCCUGACAAACUAGGUCCCAGACAAACUAGGUCCCAGACAAACUAG